AAAUGAUGCAUUUCGAAACGUGUUUUUAAUUUGAGCUUAUCAUUACAAAAGCUUGACUUGAUCAAUAAGGUUUAUUAUUACAAUGAGUGAUUCCAAGAAGAAUGUCCUUUUCGGUCCAGAAUACGCCGAGUCUAUCCCAUCAAUCACCAGUUUCGUUCCAUUAAGCACCAUUAGUGAGACUGCCGUCGAGAUUGAAAAUGAUACUCGCGAUUUCGACCAUCCUACAUUCAAACUCAGAUACCGUUCCAAUUCUGUGGUAUCCAACCAGAGCUCCGAGCAAUCCGUGUAUGACACCUUACCCGUGAUUAAAGUUCUCGGUACCGGUGGUACCAUUGCCUCCAAGGGUGUCACAUCGCAUCAAACUGCGGGAUACCAAGUUGAUCUCACUAUCGAAGAGUUGAUCGAGAAUAUUCCUGAUUUGUCAACCACGUGCCAGCUAGAGUAUGAACAAGUUUUAAAUAUAGAUUCCAAGGAAAUGGGCACGGAUGAGCUUUUGUUGUUGUAUUCGAAAAUUCAAGAAGAUUUGCCUAAGUUUGAUGGGAUCGUGAUUACGCAUGGGACAGACACCAUGGAAGAAACAGCCUUUUUCAUCCAGUCCACCGUCAAUACAUUCAAACCCAUUGUGUUUUGCGGAUCAAUGAGACCAUCAACUGCGAUCUCCUCUGAUGGACCUAUGAACUUGUAUCAAGCUAUUGUGAUUGCUUCCUCGAGGGAAAGUCGUGGCCGAGGCGUCCUUAUCGCAUUGAAUGACCGUAUCGGGUCGGGAUUCUACAUAACAAAAUCAAACGCAAACUCAUUAGAUACGUUCAAGUCCAUUGGUCAGGGAUAUGUUGGUAACUUUGUCAAUAAUGAAAUUCAUUAUUAUUACCCACCUUCAAAACCACUUGGGUUGACGUAUUUCCAUUUAGAUGCCACGAAAACGAAAUCCCUCCCCGAAGUGCCCAUCAUAUAUGCUCACCAAGGAUUAAACAAUAAGCUUAUCCAAUUGGCAAUCUCUGAACUUGGCGCAGAAGGGUUAGUGCUAGCAACUAUGGGAGCCGGAAGUAUGUCGAACAUAAGCAACCAGUUCCUCGCUGAUCUUGGCUUAGAUGAAGAGUUUCCCGUGAUCUACAGUAAAAGACUGAUGGACGGGAUGGUGCCUCUUGGAUCAUUGCCACAAGUCACUAGCAAGGAUUCUAUGGUUCUCUUUGCCAAUGCUGUGGCUGGCGGAUAUUUAAAUCCGCAAAAGGCAAGAAUCUUGUUGCAGCUUUGUUUGAAUGAAGGGUAUGGCUUACGAGAAAUCAAGCAGGUUUUCAGUAGGGUGUAGUGGUAAGUAGACACAUCUAGAAUAUUACUUAAUUUGGCAAAAUGUGUGAAUAUGCAAUCGUUGUCUAUCCGCGGCUGAUCUAGAUUAGAUCUGGCUUGUCCCCCCCCCUUAGAUUAUACGUGCAUUACAAUGACGUAGCAACUUUACUGCAGAUUCAUUUGAAAAAUCUGGCAACAAUUUACGAACUAGGCGGUCAUGCAGAUACGCGUGGAAUUACCUUUGUUAUGCCGUAACUCAUCAGAUCUUUCUGGAAACUGCUUUAUUAAAAAAAAUAAAAAAACGUGGCGCUCUUCCAAUUAUAGCAACCAGUGAGCCGAGGCUAUAGCUUUGUGAUGUGUUUAUCUAAUAAAUUAGCUAAUUUCCGAUGUCGCCCGAGCGAGUCGCUUAUUAUUACUUUGUUUCCAUUGUUUGACAGGUUUUAUUGUCUACAAGCAAAAAAAAUUAUCAGAUUGACAGCAUUCUGCCUCGGAACAAUCAUAGAUGUGUUUAAUAACAUACAUAUAUCAAAGCACCCACAUUGAACAAGACCGAGGUUUAAAACUUGCACUAGAUGUGCACUUGAAAACUACAUCAUCUACU